CCUCACAGUGUGCACGUCAAAGAUGUCGCAGGAAAAAGCUGCCUAUGGUUCAACAAAGAAGCACAAUGACCCAUUUCAAUACAGAACAUCAACACUGUCUCUUGUAAAUGAUGAAGCAGCUGUUGAAGACUCGGGUGAUUUUUCGCUAACAAAGAUGAUACAAUGCGUAGAGCAGAAGCUGAAUGAUGCUGCUAUUCAUGAAAAAGUUGUGGAUGAUGUACCAAACACUGGAGGCAACAUAGGAUCAGAUAUUUCAGGUCCUCAAAAGCAACUCCUACAGGCAGUGCCGCUUGUGCGAGAGAAACUGGAUGAACUCUUACAUGAAUCUCGUAAGAAGGAUGAUGAAAUCAGAAAGCUGAAAGCAAAAAUUAAGGAGAUUGAAGGGGAUCGAUCCAGACUGCAGAAGACCACAACUAUUCAGCAAACACAGUUAGAGAAACACAAAGCUCUAGCAGAAGAGUCUGCCAACAAAUGCAAUUGUCUCCAAGUGCAACUGACUGGUUUACACAAGGAAUUGGAAAGUCUGAACAAAUCACAAAAAGAAGCAGCACGUGGUCACAGUACUACAGAGAUUCGCUUGAACAGAGCUUUAGAGGAAACAGAGCAGUUAAAGAGUCAACUGAGCAAAAUGCAGGAGAUGAGCAAGGAGAAGAUGAAGAAGGAACUUCAGAGUAAAGAAAAUCUAAUUGCUGAAAACAAAACUCUAAAAAAACAGAAAGCAGAGCUCAUUGGGGGUUUUAAGAGACAGCUCAAGCUGAUAGACAUUCUCAAAAGAGAAAAGAUGCACUUUGAAGCAGCCAAACUACUGUCAUUCACAGAAGAUGAUUUCAUGAAAGCUCUGGACUGGGGGAACGCAUAAAACCAGGAGAUUGA